UCCCCUUCCUGCGGCGCCGAUUGCGGGCCGGGAGGGAGUGUGGCCAGAGCUGGCCGGGCCGAGCGCAGCGCCCGGGGAGGCGGUGGCAGUCCAGACAAGGGCGGCGCGGCAGCGAAAGAGGAGCGCGCAGGCGGCAGCCAUGGACUAGCGAACCCGGCCGAGUGGAGUGCAGCUCCGGUCCCGCCCCGCGCCGAGCAGCCCCGCACACAAUAGCAAAGCGCGCAGCCCGCGCCCCCCCCGCCCCCCCCGGGCGCGCGUCCGCCCCCAGCAGCGCCCCGCCCCGCCCCGCGCCCGCGCCACCCCGGAGCUGGGCCGCCGCCUCACCUGCCGUCCGGGAGGGGGCGGGCAUUGUUCGCCCGCUGCCACCGCCGCCGCCGCUGCCGCGCGGGGCCAUGGGGGCCGCCGGGCGCCCCGGGCCGGGCCUGGCGAGGCCGCCGCGCCGCCGUUGAAGCGGGUUCCGCGAGCACCGGGGCGGCGCAGGUGAGACCGACCGCGCCAUGGUGGACCCGGUGGGCUUCGCCGAGGCGUGGAAAGCGCAGUUCCCGGACUCGGAGCCGCCGCGCAUGGAGCUGCGCUCGGUGGGCGACAUCGAGCAGGAGCUGGAGCGCUGCAAGGCCUCCAUCCGGCGCCUGGAGCAGGAGGUGAACCAGGAGCGCUUCCGCAUGAUCUACCUGCAGACGCUGCUGGCCAAGGAGAAGAAAAGCUACGACCGGCAGCGCUGGGGCUUCCGGCGCGCGGUGCAGUCCCCCGACGGCGCCGCUGAGCCCGGUGCACCAGCUCCUCGCCCACCGCCCGCGCCCUCCGACGGCGCGGACCCUCCGCCAGCCGAGGAGCCGGAGGCCCGGCCCGACGGAGAGGGGUCCCCGAGCAAGGCCAGGCCGACGGCUGCCCGCAGGCCCGGGGCCGCCGCGCCCGCCGACCGGGACGACCGGGGGCCCCCCACCAGCGUGGCAGCGCUUAGGUCCAACUUCGAGAGGAUCCGCAAGGGCCAAGGCCAGCCCGGGGCGGCCGACGCCGAGAAGCCCUUUUACGUGAACGUCGAGUUUCACCACGAACGCGGGCUGGUGAAGGUCAACGACAAAGAGGUGUCCGACCGGAUCAGCUCCCUGGGCAGCCAGGCAAUGCAGAUGGAACGCAAGAAGUCCCAGCACGGUGCCGGACCGGGCCUGGGAGAUGUGCCCAGGCCCGGUUACCGGGGGCGCUCCUCGGAGAGCAGCUGCGGCCUCGACGGGGACUACGAAGACGCCGAGCUGAACCCCCGUUUCCUGAAGGACAACCUGAUCAACACCAAUGGCGGCAGCAGGCCCCCUUGGCCUCCCCUGGAGUACCAACCCUACCAGAGUAUCUACGUGGGGGGCAUGAUGGUGGAAGGGGAGGGCAAAGGCCCGCUUCUGCGCAGCCAGAGCACCUCGGAGCAAGAGAAGCGCCUUACCUGGCCCCGCAGGUCCUACUCCCCUCGGAGCUUUGAGGACAGUGGAGGCGGCUAUACCCCGGACUGCAGCUCCAAUGAGAACCUCACCUCCAGCGAGGAGGACUUCUCCUCGGGCCAGUCCAGCCGGGUGUCCCCGAGCCCCACCACCUACCGCAUGUUCCGGGACAAGAGCCGCUCGCCCUCCCAGAACUCACAGCAGUCCUUCGACAGCAGCAGCCCCCCCACACCACAGUGCCAGAAGCGGCACCGGCAGUGCCAGGUCGUGGUGUCAGAGGCCACCAUCGUGGGAGUUCGUAAGACUGGGCAGAUCUGGCCCAGUGAUGGGGACAGCUUGUCUAGCAGGCUGCCUCAGGAUGGCACCUUCCAUGGAGACACAGAUACGUCAUUCGGAACGCCCCCCGGAUACGGCUGUGCCGCUGACCGGGCUGAGGAGCAGCGCCGCCAGCACCAGGACGGGCUGCCCUACAUCGAUGACUCGCCGUCCUCCUCGCCCCACCUCGGCAGCAAGGGCAGGGGCGGCCGCGAUGCCCUGGCCUCUGGAGCCCUGGAGUCCUCUAAGGCGAGUGAGCUGGACUUGGAGAAGGGCUUGGAGAUGAGAAAAUGGGUCCUGUCUGGAAUCCUGGCUAGUGAGGAGACCUACCUGAGCCACCUGGAGGCCCUGCUGCUGCCCAUGAAGCCUCUGAAGGCCGCCGCCACCACCUCCCAGCCCGUGCUGACAAGCCAGCAGAUCGAGACCAUCUUCUUCAAAGUGCCCGAGCUCUACGAGAUCCACAAGGAGUUCUACGACGGGCUUGCCCCCCGCGUGCAGCAGUGGGGUCACCAACAGCAAGUGGGCGACCUCUUCCAGAAGCUGGCCAGCCAGCUGGGUGUGUACCGGGCCUUUGUGGACAACUAUGGAGUUGCCAUGGAAACGGCUGAGAAGUGUUGUCAGGCCAAUGCUCAGUUUGCAGAAAUCUCUGAGAACCUGAGAGCCAGAAGCAACAAGGAUGCCAAGGACCAGACGACCAAGAACAAUUUGGAAACCCUGCUCUACAAGCCUGUGGACCGGGUGACCCGGAGCACGCUGGUUCUGCAUGACUUGCUGAAACACACGCCCCCCGGCCACCCCGACCACCUUCUGCUGCAGGACGCCCUGCGCAUCUCGCAGAACUUCCUGUCCAGCAUCAACGAGGAGAUCACGCCCCGCCGGCAGUCCAUGACCGUGAAGAAAGGCGAGCACAGGCAGCUGCUGAAGGACAGCUUCAUGGUGGAGCUGGUGGAGGGAGCCCGCAAGCUGCGCCACGUCUUCCUCUUCACCGACCUGCUCCUGUGCACCAAGCUCAAGAAGCAGAGCGGAGGCAAAACCCAGCAGUAUGACUGCAAAUGGUACAUCCCACUCACGGAUCUCAGCUUCCAGAUGGUGGACGAGUCCGAGGCCGCACCCAGCAUCCCCCUGGUGCUGGACGAGGAGCUGGAUGCCAUGAAGAUCAAGAUCUCCCAGAUCAAGAGUGACAUCCAGAGAGAGAAGAGAGCCAACAAGGGCAGCAAGGCCAUCGAGAGGCUGAGGAAGAAGUUGUCAGAGCAGGAGUCGCUGCUCCUGCUCAUGUCCCCCAGCAUGGCCUUCAGGGUUCACAAUCGCAACGGCAAGAGUUACACUUUCCUGAUCUCAUCCGACUAUGAGCGCGCCGAGUGGAGAGAGAACAUCCGGGAGCAGCAGAAGAAAUGUUUCAAGAGCUUCUCCCUGACGUCUGUGGAGCUUCAGAUGCUGACCAACUCGUGUGUCAAACUUCAGACGGUCCACAGCAUCCCGCUGACCAUCAACAAAGAAGAUGAUGAAUCCCCUGGACUCUAUGGGUUCCUGAAUGUUAUCGUCCACUCUGCCACCGGCUUUAAGCAGAGUUCAAAUCUGUACUGCACGCUGGAGGUGGACUCCUUCGGUUACUUCGUGAAUAAAGCCAAGACGCGCGUCUACAGGGACACCACGGAGCCCAACUGGAACGAGGAGUUUGAGAUCGAGCUGGAAGGCUCCCAGACCCUGAGGAUCCUGUGCUAUGAGAAAUGCUACAACAAAACCAAGAUCACUAAGGAGGAUGGUGAAAGCACGGACAGGAUCAUGGGAAAGGGCCAGGUCCAGCUGGACCCCCAGGCCCUGCAGGAGAGAGACUGGCAGCGGACUGUCAUCGCCAUGAAUGGGAUUGAAGUGAAACUUUCAGUCAAGUUCACCAGCAGGGAGUUCAGCUUGAAGAGAAUGCCUUCCCGGAAGCAGACAGGGGUCUUCGGGGUCAAGAUUGCUGUGGUCACCAAGAGGGAGAGGUCCAAGGUGCCCUACAUCGUGCGUCAGUGUGUGGAGGAGAUUGAGCGCCGGGGCAUGGAGGAAGUGGGCAUCUAUCGAGUGUCCGGCGUGGCCACGGACAUCCAGGCACUGAAGGCGGCCUUUGACGUCAAUAACAAGGACGUGUCCGUGAUGAUGAGCGAGAUGGACGUCAACGCCAUCGCCGGGACCCUGAAGCUCUACUUCCGAGAGCUGCCCGAGCCCCUGUUCACUGAUGAGUUCUACCCCAACUUUGCCGAGGGCAUCGCUCUUUCAGACCCUGUUGCAAAAGAGAGCUGCAUGCUCAACUUGCUGCUGUCACUCCCAGAAGCCAACCUGCUGACCUUCCUCUUCCUUCUGGACCACCUGAAAAGGGUGGCGGAAAAGGAGACAGUGAAUAAGAUGUCCCUACACAACCUUGCCACAGUCUUCGGCCCCACGCUGCUCCGGCCCUCGGAGAAGGAGAGCAAGCUCCCUGCCAACCCCGGCCAGCCCAUCUCCAUGACCGACAGCUGGUCCCUGGAGGUCAUGUCCCAGGUCCAGGUGCUGCUGUACUUUCUGCAGCUGGAGGCCAUCCCCGCCCCAGACAGCAAGAGACAGAGCAUCCUGUUCUCCACUGAAGUAUAGAGGCCCAGCUCUAUCUCCAAGAGGCCAGCAGAACAGCCUGGAAAACUGUCGAAACAGGCCGUCCACAGAGCAGGAACCGAAUCUUCUUGAGGAGCAGUUGGGUUGCCCCCAAGAACCAGUCCGCCUGCCAAGAGACAGCUAGCUACCCAAGGCAAAAGGCCAGGUGGCUUGGGCAGUUCUGGGCCCCCGGCUGUGGGCCGGUGAGAGCUCCCAGCUGGCCUCAGACUCUGAUUUCCAUACCGCCACCAGAGGGCGCCCCAAGCCCGCACGACCUGGAGUGCAGGCCUGGCCAAGGACCAGGCGAAGGGAGUGGUUUUUAUGAACUUACCAGAAUUUAAAAGAUUUCUACUGGAUCACUUGUCAAGAUGCACCCUCUCCAGGGAGCAGGGAGCGGAACCAGAUCCCCUCCCCAUCGUGUCUUGAAUAAACACUGCUGCUGCUUCAUACCCUGGGGGCCACAGCCCUGUCCCUGUGCGGGUGGGGGCACUCAGACUUUUCCGACUUACAGAUUCAACUCCUGUGUGCAACAGGGUUUGAAAAGCUAGGUCAACACUGUAGCGUUUGACCCCUUUCACCUCCUGUCUUCUCUUUCCUUCCAGAAGGACCUCUGUGCAGAAAUGGGUCUCCUUCCCGUUCUGUCCUGUGGCAUUGUUUUUGCUGAUCGGGGGCCCCUAGGAAGGGAGCUCCCCGUGUGAAGUCCAGGACCAGGCGCCAGGGGGCGGGAGGCCCAGGCUGCGCACUUUAUGGCUUGUCCUCCGGGGAGAGUGACCCCGCCCACCGUCCCAGCCCCCUGGCUGGGCACAUGCUCUCCUCGUCAGCUUGAAACGGCCUUGGUCUCCAGCUUGCUCCUGCCUGUCGCCCCUCCGUUCCCACUCCCCCUUCCCCUCCUGUUCCCCUUUAUAGAUUGCUUCAGUUCCUCGCUCUCUCCCGAACAAACAGUAAAUUUUUGUAAAAGUUUCCUCUUGGCGGCAUCUUGCUGACAGCUUGUUUUAAACUCUGAUCCGAAUAGCCUUUUGAUACUUGAAUAUUUUUAAGUUUUAUACAUAGUUUCUAAUUUUUUUCCUAACAGAUUCAGAUACCUAAUGAGAUAAUAGAAUGUACUCUGCGGACGUGCCUGUCCCAGCGGCAUUUUGUCUUCCUCCAAGUGCCGGCUCCGUUUUCACCAGGAGCCGUUUCCAAAGUCCCCCGAGCACGGGGAGUGGGGGGUGGAGUGGGGGCCACUCCACGGGCCUGGCUGAGGGUGGCGGCUCCCCGCCCAGGGCAGGUGGAAGGGCAGGCCUGCCCACCCUCCUCGCUCCCCGCGCACCUGACUGACAUUCCCACUGACCCUCCUGACCACCUGACUCAGAGGAAAGAGACCUGGGGAAGCCACUAAGGAUUUUGAAGAGACAAGUCUAUGAACUUUUUUUU